AUGGAUGUCUUCUGGCAGGCUCCCCCGGUCAUUAGGACCCUCACAGCCUUGACUCUGGUUCAAUCCGCUUUGAUGUAUGGCGGCCUACUGGACUUUUAUUGGGCGCCAUUCGUGCCGAGCUUGAUAUUCUCAUGGCGCCCGCAAAUCUUCCGGCUGUUCACGCCAUUUUUACUAACCGGACCGAGCUACUCUUUCCUCUAUGAUCUUUAUAUCAUGUACCGCUAUGGCAGUGCUGCGGAGAGGAGCAUGGGCCCUGGAGAGUUUUUCAUUUAUCUCCUCUUUGUAGCUUUCAGCAUCAUGCUCACUGCAGGUGGUUAUCUGGGAGCGUCUAUCCUCCUGUCACCUUUGAUCAUGGCUUUUGUCUACACCUACUCCCAGACGAACCGAGGAACGAAGACGAGAUUCUUCUUUUUCGACAUCCCGGUGGUAUUCCUGCCAUAUGCAAUGCUUCUUCUCACCAUGGUGUCGUACGGAUGGCAUGCCGCGGUGGUAGAAUCCACGGGAAUUGUCGCUGCCCAUACUUAUGAUUUCCUCACACGUAUCUACCCAACUUUCGGAGGUGGAAGAAAUUUCAUCACUGUCCCCCCCUUCGUGGAGAGGUACUUCACCGAACACGAUCCCAACAGCGGACACCGAGGAUAUGGAACGGCGAGGCGCGCACCAAGGCCAGCUGAGGAACCCUCGUCGGCAUCAACAUCAGGAUCAUCCUGGACAAGUUGGACCUCUUCGAAUUCUUGGAAUGGCAGAGGCAGUGGCCGGAGACUCGGUUAG